CAAUGUUAAAACUCAAAAAUUUAGUAAUAACGAAGAAGAAGAGGAAGUUGCCGCUGCAAUCCUUCAACCUAUCUCCUUCACCGUGGCCGGCGGCCUGAGCUCCCUUCAAAGUGACUCAAUGGAUUCGGACGCAGAAGCUCUGGAGGAGAAGUUGGCAUCUUUGCUUGGUCAGCUCCAAGCAGAGGCUGCCAUUCUGGAAAGAAUGGUAUACAAGAACAAGAACCAGCACAGGCGCGGCUCCUACUUCCAGCACCUUAUGAAGGUAAGGAGGGACUUGAGGCUUUUACAAUCAACUAAACUGGAGGAACUUUUUGGUUGCUGUUUUCAAAGUAUUACUGGGAACAGACCUAAGCAAAAGUUGCAUCUAUUAGAAAGCUUGAAGAAAAGAAAAUGUGAAAGUGGGAAACAUAAUUUUAUGGAGCGACUUCUUGGAGCUGCACGCCUUCUAUCACAGAUUCUACUUGAUGUUGUUUCAGUAUUCAACAUGGUUUCUUCUCUCUGCCAAAAACAGCAAUUUGUCAAGAUAGUUCAAGGAGGACUUGAGGUGUUUAGGGAGUUUUACGCUAUAAAUGAGGAAAUUAUCAUUCUUGAGUGUGUGUGGAAAUCAGAUAAGUUUGAAUUGAUUGAGAGGACACAUAAGACUGAGAUGGAAGUCACGAUGGAGCUCUUUCUUUAGGGGCAUCAUCUGUGCUGUAUCAAAGCACUGAGUCUUUCCUUGGAGUUGAUGAAACUAUUCACGAAACGGCAGAUGCAAACCACAGUGCUGAAAAAGGUCCAGUCGAGGUCAAGGAGGAUAAGACCAAUUUAAUGUCAGGUCUGUCCAAUGACGGUGAUAACAGGCAGCUGGUUGAGCGUUGCGAAGAUGUUACAACCAUUGGAGAGACUCCGAGCAUGAAGUUUUCCGAAGAAGGUUGCUUGCUAACUGGCACGAGCUCGUCUUCAAGUUCCGAUGCAUCAAAACUGAAGUCUGGACCGGUUAAAGUGGCAUUUAUACAAGUCAAAACACCUUCACAGUCGAAUACAACUGAAAUCCCUUCUAAAGAAACUGACAUCAAUAGCAAUACCAAGGAAGAUUCAUCAUUCAGUUUGCUUUCUAGUGGAAAUGUAGUCUCAUAGAUCAUGAGUGAAAUCAUGAUACCCUAAUUAAAUAGAAUUAUUAAGAACCUAUUCUAUUAGGUUUACAAUGCAACACGGUCAUUUUAUCU